GGGCCGGGGGGCGGGCGCCGGCGCUCUGGUCCCUUCUCAGCCUGUUCCCCGUUACUCGCUGGAAGAACCGGGUCGCGCUCCGCCGCCGCUGCCAGCCGCGAGAUGCUCUCCAGAGCUGCCUGGAGCUCCGUGCUGAGAAGAGGUGGCCUUGCAGCUCGAGGGACACACAGCCCAGGAGGCACUGCCCGGGGCCAGGGCAAGAUGACCCCCUACACCGACUACUUCGCCCAGCGCUCCUACCCUAUGCCGGAGGAGCCCUUCUGCACCGAGCUCAGCGCCGAGCAGCGGGCCCUGAAGGAGAAGGAGAAGGGCAGCUGGACCCAGCUGAGCCAUGCCGAGAAGGUGGCCUUGUACCGGCUGCAGUACCACGAGACCUUCGCAGAGAUGAAUCGGCGCUCCAGCGAGUGGAAGACCGUGGUGGGCUGCGUCUUCUUCUUCAUCGGGUUCACUGCCCUGCUCCUGUGGUGGCAGCGUGUCUAUGUGUUCCCUGAGAAGCCUGUCACCCUGACGGACGAGUGGAAGGCCCGGCAGCUCCAGCGCAUCCUGGACAUGAAGGGCAACCCGGUGCAAGGCCUGGCCUCUCGAUGGGACUACGAGAAGAAGGAGUGGCGGAAGUGAUGCCCUCUGCUGGCUGCCUUCCAGGCCUUCGCCUGCAGCGCCCCGCCCUGGAGCCCCAGCGCCCUCCCCUCCCCUAACUCCAAUAAAGCUGGCCUCUUCUCUCCACCUUGAGCCUCCGCUUC